GCCUGACUGCCUGUCGCUUUGUGCUGUGGAGAGAGAGACUGACGCCCUGUGGACGGACACACUGACUGGACACUGGUGCAGCAGCAGCAGCAGCAGCAGAAGAAGAAGAAGCGGCAGAAGAAGAAGAAGAAGAAGAAGAAGAGGAACCACUGAAGCGUCCCGGACAAGUUCAAAGAGAGAGACACAACCACGGCGUCACUUUAAGACGAAAAACAGACACAACAUCGUGAACUUUUGGUGUUUCCAGUGUUGUGCUGCUGAGCCGCCACCAUGAGGCCCGCUCAGCUCGCCCUGCCCGCAGUGUCUGCUGUCACGCUCCUGUUCCUCCUGUCAGGACUGUCCAUGAGCUCGGGCUGCAACAAAGCUCUGUGCGCCAGCGACGUCAGCAAGUGCCUCAUACAGGAGCUGUGUCAGUGUCGUCCGUCAGACGGGAACUGCUCGUGCUGUAAAGAGUGCAUGCUCUGCCUGGGAAACCUAUGGGAGGAGUGCUGCGACUGCGUGGGAAUGUGUAACCCCAAGAACUACAGCGACUCUCCUGCUACGUCAAAGAGCACCGUGGAGGAGCUGCACCGUCCCAUCCCCUCACUGUUCCGCGCUCUCACUGAAGGCGACGCCCCCAUCAACAUGAUGGUCGUGUCCUUCCCCGUCGCAGAGGAGCUGUCGCAUCACGAGAACCUGGUGUCCUUCCUGGAGUCGCUCGACAACCAGCAUCAGAACGUGUCCGUGCCCGGCAACAGUAUCCACGCCAGCUACGACACUCAAGAAAACAUGUGCACCGUGGUCUACUUCGACGACUGCGUGUCCAUCCGUCAGUGUAAACUUUACUGCGAGUCAAUGGGAGGAUCCAAGUACCGCUGGUUUCACAACGCCUGCUGCCAGUGCAUUGGACCUGAGUGCGUGGACUACGGCAGCAAAGCUGUGAAAUGCAUGCACUGUCUCUUCUGAGUUGUAGACACAUGUUGGUACCAAAUGUCUGCAGAGCAGAGGAAACCAGUAUGUGUUAGCAUUCCUCAGUGAUCUUGUAAAAUAGCCCCUUACCCCACUCCUCCUACCCCUGCAAAGUGUUUUUUUUAUUCUGCUGUUAUAUUUCACUGUAUAUUUUUAGAUAUGUUUUCAAUAGUUUUUUUUUUACUAGAGGUGUAUAUGAAUAAUGUAUUUUUACAACCAUGGUCUGCUAAAUCCCAGUGUCAUGCCAAAUAAAGAAAACGUUUGGUGACGUGGGCGCUUUGUCACAAGAGAAA